UCUUCCUUCCCACAUACCCACCUCCAACCUCCAAUCACUCUCCCCCCGCCCCAAAACCUUCGUCCGCGCAAAUCUCACCUCGCUCUCCCCUAUCCCGCUCCACUCCUCCAAUAAUGCCGCUCCGCGACGGCUGCCGGCGGCGGCUCCAGCGCGCCCGCGGCCUCUGUCUCGCCGCGGCGCUGUGCGUGCUCGCGCUCGCGCUCGCGUCGGACGCCUCGCCGGCGCCGGUGUCGCUGCUGGGCAUCAACUACGGCCGCGUGGGAAACAACCUGCCGCCGCCGCAGGCCGCGCUGCCCCUGCUCCAGGGCCUCGGCAUUGCCCGCGUGCGGCUCUACGACCCCGAGCCCGGCGUGCUGCGCGCCUUCGCCAAGACCGGGAUCGAGCUCUACGUCGGCGUCCCCGACCAGUGCCUCGCCGCGGUCGCCGAGCCGGCCGGCGCCACGUCCUGGCUCAAGGACAGCAUCCUGCCCUACCUGCCGGACACCAAGAUCGUCGCGCUCACCGUGGGCAACGAGGUGCUCACGGGCAACGACACCGCGCUCACCCGCAACCUGCUCCCGGCCAUGGAGUCCCUCCACGGCGCGCUCGCCGCGGCAAACCUCGACAAGCAGAUCGCCGUCACGACCGCGCACAACCUCGGCGUCCUCGGGACGUCCUACCCGCCCUCGGCGGGGGCCUUCCGGAAGGACCUGCUCCAGUACCUCUGCCCCAUCCUCGACUUCCACGCCAAGACCGGCUCGCCGUUCCUGGUGAACGCCUACCCCUACUUCGCCUACUCCGACGACCCCAAGGGCAUCCAUCUGGACUACGCUCUCCUCGAGCCGAGCAACCCCGGCGUCCCGGACGCCAACACCGGGCUGCACUAUCCCAACCUCCUCGUGGCGCAGGUCGACGCGGCGUACCACGCCAUCUCGGCGGCGAACAGCGCGGCGGCGCGGACGGUGGAGAUACGGAUCUCCGAGACGGGGUGGCCCUCCGCGGGGGACGCCAACGAGAAGGCCGCGACGCCGGAGAGCGCGGCCCGGUACAACAGCAACGUGAUGCGGCUGGUGGCGGAGUGGAAGGGCACGCCGCUCAAGCCCAACGUGCCGCUGCGCGUCUACGUGUUCGCGCUAUUCAACGAGAACAUGAAGCCCGGGCCGGCGUCCGAGCGCAACUACGGCCUGUUCAAGCCCGACAGCACGCCGGUGUACCCGCUCACGUACAAGCCCGCGCGCGGCGACUUCACCCCCGGCGGCAACAGCACCGGCGGAGACAACGGCUACUACGACAUCUCGGCCGCGUCGCGGGAGCCCACGGGUUGCCGGUGGACAUGGGUGCAAGCUGCUGUGGCAGGAGGUGCGGCUGCUGCCCUCAUGGUCGCAGCCUGAGGUACUGAGAUCAUCAUGGAGUGUGCCACUCGUCUUGAUGGCUGAGAUUCAGGGGUCGGUGGAUAGGACGGAAUAGAAUUGCCUGCUCUGGAGCAAUGGUGUUGAUGAUGAUGAUGAUCCUGAUCCUCUGCACGGCGUUCUUUUGCCGUUGUGGUUGCUGAAGACGAAGACUGAGACCGAGAUGUGGAUCUGGGUAAGCUGAUGAAACGAUUAAUUUUAUGGCAUCGAAGCUAUGUAUUUCAUCUUGGUGCCUUAAAAACCGCUGAUCGUUGGGACUAAAAUAGACCCAAAUCAGUCGGUUUUAAUUGCCUUUUAAUAGAAAUGUUCUCUUGAGUGGUACCCCAGUACUGCUAUCUAUAAAUAUGCAUGAAGUACAAAAGCUGAA